GAAGCCGGGGACGACUUCGCAUCGAAGCACGCACCGUCGACAAUCUCCAGUUGGCGGCGCAGCAUCCCAGACGAGGCGAUACGGGAUUGCGGACACCUGAAGGGCCUACUGUCCGCUAAACGAGCGGAAGAGGCGAAACCCCGAAUCCUCAUAGGCCAGGAUAACUGGCAUCUCCUCCUCGCCACGAAAACACGGCUGCACAACAUAGAAAACAAGUUGGACAAGAAUCCCGACCUUAAAGAAAGGUAUGAAGAGCAAAUGGAGGCCCUAGUCAAGAAGGGCUACGCGGAAAUAGCGCCGCGCACGUCCCACGCUACAAGGACGUGGUACUUGCCGCAUUUCGCAGUCGUAAACGCUCUAAAGCCCGACAAAUUGCGAGUUGUACACGACGCAGCAGCCAAAACAAAAGGUACGACUUUGAAUGAGAAUCUAUUAACAGGGCCGGAUUUGUUACAGCCUCUUCCUGCAGUGUUAUUAAGAUUCCGGGAACAUCCCGUCGCUGUAACAGCGGACAUCACGGAGAUGUUCAUGCAGGUGGGACUACGCGAGGAAGAUCGCGACGCACUGCGCUACCUCUGGCGGGGAAACCGCCGAGAUAGCCGGCCGCCAGAGGUGUACCGAAUGAAGGCUGUCGAGGCGAUCAAGAAGAAACACUACAUGGACGACUACCUCGACAGCUAUGAAGAUGAACACAGGGCGAUAACAAUCGCUACUCAGGUGCGUAACAUACACAGAGAAGCUCACUUUGAAUUAAGGAAGUGGACGAGUAACUCGCCCGCGGUGUUGAAGGCGCUCGGCGAAUCGCCCAAUGCAACCGAAGCGGUGGAAAUAGAAAGGACUGAACGAGUCCUAGGCCUUAUUUGGAGGCCGCAAGAAGACAGGUUGGCGUUCAACCUAGACUUGGCCCGGUUGGUGUCGCCGAUAACUGUGCGGGCUAAACAGCUAUUACAGGAGGUGUGGCGACGCGGCACCGAUUGGGACGACCCGAUCGACGACGAACUGUCCGCCGCCUGGGUGAACUGGCUCACCCAUUUGAAGCAACUCAGCGGCGUAACAGUGCCGCGCUGCUAUCCCGGCUACUCCCGAGCGAGAAAACUCCAACUCCACGUGUUCACCGACGCCAGCGAGUCAGCCUACGCGACCGCGCUCUACUGGCGCGCCGAGGACGACGACGGACGAGUCACAGUCACGUUACUGGCGGCCAAGGCAAAGGUAGCUCCACUCAAAUUAACCUCCAUACCACGGCUUGAACUACAGGCAGCUGUACUCGGCGCACGGAUGGCUGCGAGUGUGACACAGGAGCACUCCAGGCAGCCAGAAUCCACGACCUACUGGACCGACAGCAAGACAACACUGUGCUGGAUCAGAACGGGAGCCAGGUCGUACAAGCCCUACGUAGCGCAUCGAAUCGCCGCGAUAGAAGAAAACACACAGGCGAAUCAAUGGAGAUGGGUGCCUACACGCUACAACGUUGCCGACGACGCUACGCGCGACGUUCCCGACAACUUCACGCGGGAACACAGGUGGUUCAACGGACCAGAGUUCCUCCGCGACCCGCCCGAACUAUGGCCUGCGGAGGAAACACAGCUGAGCACCGACACGGGUGAGGAAAGAGUGAACACUAUUACAGAGCGUCGGGAGAAACAGUACAAGGAAGUCCUGCCCGACGUGAAUCGAUUCUCAAAUUGGAAUCGCUACGUUAGAGCUGCCGCCCGCGUACUACAAGCAGUACAACACUUCAAACGACGCGUCAACACGGUCCAUUACAAGAGGACCAAGGCGGCCGCAACCGAGUUGCAAGAAGAGGCCGAGCGCAUAAUCAUAAAGGCGAGUCAGGAGGCCGCCUUCGAGGAAGAACUACGCUCGCUCGAAAAAGGAAAACCCGUGUCAAAAGAAAGCAGGUUGUACGCUUUGAGUAUAACAUUUAUUAACGAACUCAUUUGCCUCGACAGCAGAAUUUCAGCCGCCACGGGAGUAAGCGCCGCAACAAAGAACCCUCCGAUCGUCGAUGGCGAACAUCGGGCAACGAAACUGUGGGUGGAACAUGUCCACACACAACUCCACCAUGCAGGCGUGGAGAGCGUCGUCAAUUACUGUCGGCAGCACAAAUGGGUCAUUCGACUGCGCCCGACGGUCAAGGCGGUGGUCAGGAGCUGCUUCAAGUGCCGCCAGAGGGCGGCCACUCCACCGCAACCGAUAACGGGAGACUUGCCUCCCUGCCGACUGGCGCAUCAUCACCGGCCGUUUACAUACACCGGUUUGGACUAUUUCGGCCCGCUCACAGUCACCGUGGGCCGGAGUAGUCAAAAAAGGUAUGUCGCUCUCUUCACAUGCCUAACAGUGCGGGCGGUGCAUCUCGAAGUGGUGCACUCCCUGAGUACACAAGGAGCGAUCAUGGCUCUGCGGCGCAUGACAGCACGCCGCGGGAGCCCCGCCGAGAUCUGGUCCGACAACGGGACAAACUUCCACGGCGCAGAAAAGGAACUGCGCAACACCCUCCUCGCUGGCGCCGAACAAGAGGCGUCGCGGAGGGCGAUUAGAUGGCGUUUCAUCCCUCCGGGCGCACCAUUCAUGGGUGGCGCCUGGGAACGGCUCGUGCGGUCGGUCAAGACCGCGCUGACGACGGUGCUUCACGAGCAGAGGCCACAUGAAGAGACGCUGUCGACGCUACUCGCCGAGGUGGAGUUCACAGUCAACAGCCGCCCACUGACUCAUGUGUCGGUGAACCCCGAAGAUCCGGAGGCCCUGACGCCUAACCACUUUCUGUUGGGCUGUCAGGGCCCACUCGCCGCACCUAAUUUUCCAGCCGAACACGGCUACGGCACACAUGCCGACCUUCGAGCGUCGCAGCAGCUGGCCGACGCUUUCUGGACCCGCUGGUUACGAGAGUACCUUCCCGAGCUCCGCAACCGGCGGGAGCCCCGCAGCAAGGGACCAGAGCUACACAUCGGCGACGUCGUGCGCAUCGUGGACGGGACGCUCCCACGAAACACUUGGGUGCGUGGCCGCAUCUGUGCUACGCAUCCGGGACCUGACGGCGUGACGCGCACAGUGGACGUAGCCACGCGGGGAGGCGUGCUACGACGCCCCGUGAAGAAAAUCGUCCUCCUGCACCCUGCGGCACCCGAGCGACGAGGCAGCGACAACGAAGAGGCGGCGCCGCAAUCGGCGGCGAGCACGUCCUGCACGUCUACAUAA